AGUCUCCUUUAAGGGGAGCUUCUAGGCUCUGAUUUCGUGUUCAGCAGGCUGGCUAAAGACAGGGUGUGGGAAAGCCUGCUCACCCAGUUUCAGGUCAGACUUCACAGCAUUCACUAAGAUUUAAACUCAUAUCCCAGGCAUAUGAAGUGCUUUCAGAUGCAAAGAAAAGGGACAUCUAUGACCAGGGUGGAGAACAGGCCAUUAAAGAGGGGGGCACGGGCCCCAGCUUCUCCUCGCCCAUGGACAUCUUCGACAUGUUCUUUGGUGGUGGAGGACGGAUGGCCAGAGAGAGAAGAGGCAAGAAUGUUGUACACCAGUUGUCUGUAACUCUUGAAGACUUAUAUAACGGAGUCACGAAGAAAUUGGCCCUCCAGAAAAAUGUCAUUUGCGAGAAAUGUGAAGGUGUCGGUGGGAAGAAGGGAUCAGUGGAGAAGUGCCCGCUGUGCAAGGGGCGGGGCAUGCAGAUCCACAUCCAGCAGAUCGGGCCGGGCAUGGUGCAGCAGAUCCAGACCGUGUGCGUGGAGUGCAAGGGCCAGGGCGAGCGCAUCAACCCCAAGGACCGCUGUGAGAGCUGCAGCGGCGCCAAGGUGACCCGCGAGAAGAAGAUUAUCGAGGUACAUGUUGAAAAAGGUAUGAAAGAUGGGCAGAAGAUACUGUUUCAUGGAGAAGGAGACCAGGAGCCUGAGCUGGAGCCUGGUGAUGUCAUCAUUGUGCUUGAUCAGAAGGAUCAUAGUGUCUUUCAGAGACGAGGCCAUGACUUGGUCAUGAAAAUGAAAAUUCAGCUUUCUGAAGCUCUUUGUGGCUUCAAGAAGACGAUAAAAACACUGGAUGAUCGAACACUUGUGAUUACAUCCAAAUCAGGUGAGGUGGUCAAGCACGGGGAUCUGAAGUGUGUGCACAACGAGGGGAUGCCCAUCUACAAGGCGCCCCUGGAGAGAGGGACUCUGAUCAUCCAGUUUUUAGUCAUCUUUCCAGAAAAACACUGGCUUUCUCCAGAAAAGCUUCCUCAGCUGGAAGCCCUGCUCCCGCCUCGACAGACAGUGAGGAUUACAGAGGACAUGGACCAGGUAGAGCUGAAGGAGUUUAACCCCAGUGAGCAGAACUGGCGCCAGCACCGGGAGGCCUACGAGGAGGACGACGAUGGGCCCCGGGCCGGUGUUCAGUGCCAGACGGCAUGACGCAUGGCACACGCGGCCUCGCCGGACUCACAUACGGUGAAUGUAACGUUGGCACAAUGAAAAUGGCAUCGCUUUCAUGGCCUCGUGUCUGGGGUGUCCUGUGUAUGUGUUCAGCAUCCUUCAUUGCUGAGUGUCUUUUUGGUUUUUCUUUUGCUUGUAACUUGAGUUAUAGCUUAAUUUAUAUUUAAAUGUUUUAAGUGUCAAUCACUUCUAGUCUGCAUAUGGAAUUUGUUCAUUGACAUUUUCAGGAUAUACUUUGGAGAUGCCAGUGACACACCGACACCUUGUGCUUCUAGCAGCUCUGCCAGGAUUCAGUUCCACUCAUACAGCGCAGCCCAGGCAGCAGCACUCAGUCCCUACCCAACCCCAAGGCACAAGGUGGGGUCCUUGCCCAUCUCUAGGUCUGUGGUUUCUCUCUCCUCUUCCUCCCCUGGUAGAGGUAUUGAGGGCAUGAUCUCAGGACUGCUAACAGGACAUUUCUGAAUCUAGAGUCUGGGCGAUCCUUUUAAAGCAUAAAAGCACAUCUGUGGAUUGGGCUUGGCUGCCUGUGCCUGCCUAGCACGCCCAGAGUUGCAGGGCUAACUCGGUUCCUGCUGUCCUGUGCUGGUUAGUGGUGGUGGGUGGGGGUGUGUGUGUGUCUGGUCAGCUCUUGGAAGUCUUUUGAAACUUCUGGGCCCCAUGGGGAGGACAAACCUGUUUUAAAUGAUACGCUGACACAACUGUUUGCCUGUGACCCCCACACCUUGUCCUCUGUGCUUUCAAUGGUUCUUUUGAUGUUUGUAAUGCUCUCCCACCAAAGUGCUUACUUGUAAAGAAAACGAAGCCCUUCCUUGUCCACAGCAGCCUCGGUGCAGCAGCAGCAGAAGCCAGGGGAGAAUCUGGUGGUCGGGUCCCAUGCCACAGCCAGCUUCUCUGACCAGGGAUUCUGGGUGACUCGAGGGUCUAGAAAGGUGCAGAACUUCUGUGCUUUCCACCUCGUUCUCCCCCAUCCGACUCCCUUCCAAAGGAGCGUUCCUCUCACUGCACAGCCAUAUCACAAAGGGCUUCCUGCUCAAGAGGCGAUUUGGUGAGAACUGUACCACGCAUUCUCCCAUGGACUACAGAUUGUAUGGGUUGUCACUGUCAAGUGUAGCUUGUUUGCAGCGGUAUUCAUUAUUACUUUAUUCCUGGCAGAUAGAUUACAGUUUGAACUUAGGGGUACCUCAACCUUUAGCCAUGACUGCUGCUUUCUCUCCCCCAAGUCAUGAAGAAAAACCUUCUAAGCUGCUGGGUUAAAGCAGAGGCCGCCUGUCAGAUCUACCCACCUUUGGUCAUAUGGUUCCUGAGAGUCUGUCUCAGGCCAGGCAUUGCCCCUAGGAGGGUUGAAGGGCAGGUCAGACCAUGCAGGUGAGGUGAGCCAGGUAGGUGGACCAGGUUCCUCAGAACAUUGCUGGCUCCCAGGACACAAUUUGCUCAAAGUAUAGAAAGAGCCCACCUGUGCCCACUUUGACCAUUGGUCAGGAUAGACAUAAAACCAAUUCUUCCAACUAAGCCUAUGUGACCUAUGUGACCUAAAAUCAGAUUACAAAUGGACCACAACUCCAGGGUGUUGUUUCUGUGCUGUGACUUACUAAUAAAUUCUUGCUAAAGAACUACUGUUGAGUUGGGGAUGGAGCAUUCGGCUCCUUGUCAUGUUAGAGGAUUUUGGAGGAUGUUGCUUAAAAUUCUAUUCCACCUGUACAUUUGUCACUUUAAAAUUAAAAUUAAGCUGGUAUGAGACA